GGAAUUUCCAUGGCGACAGCCAAGACACGCCUUUCGUAUAUCCAGGUUUAACGUAUAGCCUUGCUUUUUCCAAUACGUGCUGGGUGAUCAGGUGACAUGGCGUGAGGUCCGAAAACGUUUGCCAUCCCAGAGUACAGGUAGAUACAGAGCCACCGCGGCCGCGCUCCUUCAUUAACCGCCUGGCUGUUGAACGGGAAACAUCCGCCUCUACCAACGCUCGCUCUGUUUGUAAAAUCCUUGAAAAUGAUUCCUCACGUUGAGCUCGUGAUGGACCACGACAAACUUCCAGUCAGAGGCUCAGUGGAUACAGUUGUGACGAAGACUUGCAAGAUUCUCCUCUUCCUCGGCUCAGUCUGCGGCGCAGCGAUAUUAGGAGCAGGGGUGACUCUGUUCAUCGCUCCACAGUACAAUACUACUCGUGAUCCUGUGCGGCCUUGUGAUUCUUCUCUCGCUCAACACCACCUGGUGAUGACAACUGUGCCCAGUGAUACCCUUAGUCCAGAUACCACGUCGAGCAGCAGAAGUGCCUCAGAGAGUGACAGUGUAUCAGUGCAUCCGACAACAACCCACACGGACGAGGAGAGGUUUCACAAGCAGCAAGAGAAACUCAGGAACAUUGCAAAGUGCCAGCCGAUGCCUCACCCAGUGAGAGUGAACGAUGAUGGUGAACUGCCCUACUGGGACCACCUUCGGGACAAGGAUCUCCUGUCACCAGUGGUCCCCAUCAACCGCUGUCCCACGUCUUGUGGACUCUGUGUUUGGGGGGAGCGGUGCUUACCAACCAGGAACACCACUACCUCCGUCCUGUUGAAGUAUCUGGACGACAACAAUCAAAUCAAGUAUGAAGAGAGAGACCUGCAGGAACACCUCGAAUGUUCAUGUCACUGAGUAUCUUGGAAUUAUUAAAUUAUUUAUUUUCAUUUCUAGUCAGAUAUGUUAAACUAAUAAAUAACAUUAUUUUUUCAA